AUGGAAAUAAAAAAACCAGCUGAAAGUACAACAAGAGCUUCUGAUCAAGAUUUAGCAAUAUGCACCAGCAUUAAUAAUAUCGACGAUUUUGAACAAGAAAGUAGUAGGCCGUCUGCUUAUACUUGUACAUUCUGCAAACGAGGCUUCUCGAACGCACAAGCGCUGGGUGGCCACAUGAAUGUCCAUAGAAAAGAUAGGGCUGCCAGGUUACAGGAUCAAACCACAAAGGGUAGUACGGACCCUAAGGAUCAGCAUGUACGUCCUGCAGAUGAAUCAUCACAGUCCUCCUCGAGUGAUGAUGCUGGUAUUAUACCAAAGAGGCCAUGGAGCAGUUUCACAGAAGAAGAAGAAGAUAGUCCCGAGAGCCAAAGAAAAAAAGAUCACGGUGCAGCUAACUUCAAAAAACCAUCAUUGCAACUAUCUUUGCGUAUUGAACCGUCGCCUACAAAUGAAUCACGGGUCAUAUCAUCAUCUAAUAAUAAAAUCUCUACUUCUUUAUCAUCAUCGUCAGCUCCAACAGAAGUAGUGGACCUUGAGCUUCGGCUAGGAAUACAUUCUCAAUAUUCAACAUCAAUUAACCCUGUUAUACGAGACUAG